CUAGCACGGUUCCUGACAAGUCUAGAGCAGCACUAGCGCAGAGUGAGACUCAUCAGCUGGCAAGCAGGAUUCUGUGUCUCUGGGUUCAGGAAUCCUCGGGCAGCAGAGGGGACUUGCUCCUUAGCCCCCAUCACUGCCCCCACCCCUACCCGUGUAGGCCACCGAGUGAGGCCCAUGGACAGGGGAGGGCUGUGCCUGACGACUCCUGUGUCCCUCCAUGACGGCCCAGCGCCCUGACCCUCCUGCCUAGGUUUCUACCUUUUCUCUCUGUCUUUGGCCAGCUGGGGGAGGGGGUAGAGGCCGGGUGAGCAACAUGGCACAGAGCAAGAGGCACAUGUACAGCCGGACGCCCAGCGGCAACAGGAUGAGUGCAGAGGCAAGCGCCCGGCCUCUGCGGGUGGGUUCCCGUGUAGAGGUGAUUGGUAAAGGCCACCGAGGCACUGUGGCCUAUGUUGGAGCCACGCUUUUUGCCACUGGCAAAUGGGUAGGCGUGAUUCUGGAUGAAGCAAAGGGCAAAAAUGAUGGAACUGUCCAAGGCAGGAAAUACUUCACUUGUGAUGAAGGGCAUGGCAUCUUUGUGCGCCAAUCCCAGAUCCAGGUAUUUGAAGAUGGAGCGGAUACUACUUCCCCAGAGACACCUGAUUCUUCUGCAUCAAAAGUCCUCAAAAGAGAGGGAACUGAUACAACUGCAAAGACUAGCAAACUGCGGGGACUGAAGCCUAAGAAGGCACCGACAGCCCGAAAGACCACAACUCGGCGGCCCAAGCCCACCCGCCCAGCGAGCACUGGGGCGGCUGGGGCCAGUAGCUCCCUGGGCCCCUCUGGCUCAGCGUCAGCCGGUGAACUGAGCAGCAGUGAGCCUAGCACCCCUGCUCAGACUCCACUGGCAGCACCCAUCAUCCCCAUGCCGGCCCUCACCUCUCCUGGAGCAGCACCCCCGCUUCCUUCUCCCUCCAAGGAAGAGGAGGGACUAAGGGCCCAGGUGCGGGACCUGGAGGAGAAACUAGAGACCCUGAGACUGAAACGGGCAGAAGACAAAGCAAAGCUUAAAGAGCUGGAGAAACACAAAAUCCAGCUGGAGCAGGUGCAGGAAUGGAAGAGCAAAAUGCAGGAGCAGCAGGCAGACCUGCAGCGGCGCCUCAAGGAGGCGAGGAAGGAAGCCAAGGAGGCACUGGAGGCAAAGGAACGCUAUAUGGAGGAGAUGGCUGAUACUGCUGAUGCCAUUGAGAUGGCCACUCUGGACAAGGAGAUGGCUGAAGAGCGGGCUGAGUCCCUACAGCAGGAGGUGGAGGCACUGAAGGAGCGGGUGGACGAGCUCACCACUGACUUAGAGAUCCUCAAGGCUGAGAUUGAAGAGAAGGGCUCAGAUGGCGCUGCAUCCAGUUAUCAGCUCAAGCAGCUUGAGGAGCAGAACGCCCGCCUGAAGGACGCCCUGGUGAGGAUGCGGGAUCUUUCUUCCUCGGAGAAGCAGGAGCAUGUGAAACUCCAGAAGCUCAUGGAAAAGAAGAACCAAGAGCUGGAAGUUGUGAGGCAACAGCGGGAGCGUCUGCAGGAGGAGCUGAGCCAAGCAGAGAGCACCAUUGAUGAGCUCAAGGAGCAGGUGGAUGCUGCCCUGGGUGCUGAGGAGAUGGUGGAGAUGCUGACAGAUCGGAACCUGAAUCUGGAAGAGAAAGUGCGAGAGUUGAGGGAGACUGUGGGAGACUUGGAAGCGAUGAAUGAAAUGAAUGAUGAGCUUCAGGAGAAUGCACGUGAGACAGAACUGGAGCUGCGGGAGCAGCUGGACAUGGCGGGUGCGCGGGUACGUGAGGCCCAGAAGCGUGUGGAGGCAGCCCAGGAGACAGUUGCAGACUACCAGCAGACAAUUAAGAAGUACCGCCAGCUGACCGCCCAUCUACAGGAUGUGAAUCGGGAACUGACAAACCAGCAGGAAGCGUCUGUGGAGAGGCAACAACAGCCACCUCCAGAGACCUUUGACUUCAAAAUCAAGUUCGCUGAGACUAAGGCCCAUGCCAAGGCAAUUGAGAUGGAAUUGAGACAGAUGGAGGUGGCUCAGGCCAACCGACACAUGUCCCUGCUGACAGCCUUCAUGCCUGACAGCUUCCUUCGGCCAGGUGGGGACCAUGACUGCGUUCUGGUGCUGCUGCUCAUGCCUCGUCUCAUUUGCAAGGCAGAGCUGAUCCGGAAGCAGGCCCAGGAGAAGUUUGACCUAAGUGAGAACUGUUCAGAGCGGCCUGGACUGCGAGGAGCUGCUGGAGAGCAACUCAGCUUUGCUGCUGGACUGGUGUACUCGCUGAGCCUGCUGCAGGCCACACUACACCGCUAUGAGCAUGCCCUCUCUCAGUGCAAUGUGGAUGUAUAUAAGAAAGUGGGCAGCCUCUACCCUGAGAUGAGUGCCCAUGAACGCUCCUUGGAUUUUCUCAUUGAACUGCUGCACAAGGAUCAACUGGAUGAGACUGUCAAUGUGGAGCCUCUCACCAAGGCCAUCAAGUACUAUCAGCAUCUGUACAGCAUCCACCUUGCCGAACAGCCUGAGGACUGUACUAUGCAGCUGGCUGACCACAUUAAGUUCACGCAGAGUGCUUUGGACUGCAUGAGCGUGGAAGUAGGACGGCUGCGUGCCUUCUUGCAGGGUGGACAGGAGGCUACAGAUAUCGCCCUUCUGCUCCGGGAUCUGGAAACUUCAUGUAGUGACAUCCGCCAGUUCUGCAAGAAGAUCCGAAGACGAAUGCCGGGGACAGAUGCUCCUGGGAUCCCAGCUGCACUGGCCUUUGGACCACAGGUAUCUGACACACUCCUAGACUGCAGGAAGCACUUGACGUGGGUCGUGGCUGUGCUGCAGGAGGUGGCAGCUGCUGCUGCCCAGCUCAUUGCCCCACUGGCAGAGAAUGAGGGGCUACCUGUGGCUGCCCUGGAGGAACUGGCUUUCAAAGCAAACGAGCAGAUCUAUGGGACCCCCUCCAGCAGCCCCUAUGAGUGUCUGCGCCAGUCAUGCAAGAUCCUCAUCAGUACCAUGAACAAGCUGGCCACAGCCAUGCAGGAGGGGGAGUAUGAUGCAGAGCGGCCCCCCAGCAAGCCUCCACCAGUUGAGUUGCGGGCUGCCGCCCUUCGUGCAGAGAUCACAGAUGCUGAAGGCCUGGGUUUGAAGCUCGAAGAUCGAGAGACAGUUAUUAAGGAGUUGAAGAAGUCACUCAAGAUUAAGGGAGAGGAGCUAAGUGAGGCCAAUGUGCGGCUGAGCCUCCUGGAGAAGAAGCUGGACAGUGCUGCCAAGGAUGCGGAUGAGCGCAUCGAGAAGGUCCAGACUCGGCUGGAAGAGACCCAGGCACUGCUGCGGAAGAAGGAGAAAGAGUUUGAGGAAACAAUGGAUGCGCUCCAGGCUGACAUUGACCAGCUGGAGGCAGAGAAGGCAGAACUAAAGCAGCGGCUGAACAGCCAGUCCAAGCGCACGAUUGAGGGACUCCGGGGCCCUCCUCCUUCAGGCAUUGCUACUCUGGUCUCUGGCAUUGCUGGUGAAGAACAGCAGCGAGGAGGCGUCCCUGGGCAGGCUCCAGGGUCUGUGCCAGGCCCAGGGCUGGUGAAGGACUCACCACUGCUGCUUCAGCAGAUCUCUGCCAUGAGGCUGCACAUUUCCCAACUCCAGCAUGAGAACACCAUCCUCAAGGGAGCCCAGAUGAAGGCAUCCUUGGCAUCCCUGCCCCCUCUGCAUGUUGCAAAGCUAUCCCAUGAGGGCCCUAGCAGUGAGUUAGCAGCUGGAGCACUGUAUCGUAAGACCAGCCAGCUGCUGGAGACGUUGAAUCAAUUGAGCGCACACACGCACGUAGUAGACAUCACUCGCACCAGCCCUGCUGCCAAGAGCCCGUCGGCCCAGCUUAUGGAGCAAGUGGCUCAGCUUAAGUCCCUGAGUGACACCAUUGAGAAGCUCAAGGAUGAGGUCCUAAAGGAGACAGUGUCUCAGCGCCCUGGAGCCACAGUACCCACUGACUUUGCCACCUUCCCUUCGUCAGCCUUCCUCAGGGCCAAGGAGGAGCAGCAGGAUGACACAGUCUACAUGGGCAAAGUGACCUUCUCGUGUGCGGCUGGUCUUGGACAGCGACACCGGCUGGUGCUGACCCAGGAGCAGCUGCACCAGCUCCACAGUCGCCUCAUCUCCUAAGCACUCCUUCCGCUGCUGUCCCCUUCGACCCUCAGCCCUCUGGUGCCGCUCUGCCCUAUGCACAGCCACCUCAGCCAACCCCCAGGUAGAACCAUGUGGGUUAAGCUCUUCCUGCCACAUUCAGCUUCACUCCCACCCUUUCAGCAUCCUGCCCCUUCACCUUGACCCGGGUUCCCCCACUCUUAUCCCCUGGCCUCUGCCAUAAUUUGCUGUUCAACUGCUCCCUCCUUCCUGAGGGGCCUCAGAGCAUGUGGGGGGUAGGCUGAGACCCCACCACCAAAGGUUGAGUGAGGUCCCCUUGAUUGAGGACUUCACCCCUUGAUUAAAGCAAGUUCUGCUUCAGUG